AUGGGGAAACUCUUAAAGGUUGGCUUUCAUACUAGCAUAGAUGGCAGUAGAGAGUCCUUCAGAGAUCAGGAAGAAAAGGUAGGGGGAGAGGGGGUCCCCUUAUCUUAUGCCACUAGAAGAAUGAAAACUUUGAGAGUGACAACCCUUGAUCAGAAUUUUAAAGAAGACAAUGGAAAGACAGCAAAGAACAAGGGAGACAAACCUUUUAGGGAAACCAAAAUGGAGCAGAAUGGCUUUGAUGAAAUUCCAUUCAACUCUAUUGAAAUCCUUCUCCAUAUUGAGUUUGAGGGCAGCCCACCCCAGUUUGCCACUUCUUUAGUUAUUAAUAGCAUUGACCACUUCAUUAGUAAUAAGGGGAUUGCCCUUAUCACACCUGGGGGACAAUAUCUGCAUAGAGUAGUUAAAUUUGGAUUCAAAGCUUCUAACAAUGAAGCAGAGUACGAUGCCCUCAUUACUGGCUUGAAACUUGCUUGGGAGCUACACGCUAAACACAUCGAGAUCUGUAGUGAUUCACAAUUGGUAGUGAAUCAUGUGUCGGGAGAGUACGAGGCCCAGGGGGAGAAAAUGAUAGCUUAUUUAAGAAAAAUACAGGAUAUGCUUGCACAAUUCAAGGGUUAUACUCUCAGGCAAAUUCCAAGGGAAGAAAACAGAACUGCUGAUGCCCUAGCCGACUUGUAA